ACUGUUCCUCUUCUCAGAAGAAGGAGGAAGAAUCAAGCAAAGGAAGAAAAGGAGGAAUGGAGAGAAGGAGCAGGAGGAAAAUAGGCAGCUUAUUCUUUUCAACAUUAUUCAGUUUUCUAUUUACUAGUGAUAAACUGAGAUUUACAACAAUUCAGUAGCUCAGGGGUGUAAAGUCAAAGUGUUACAGCGAUGAAAGGGUGAAACAGCCACUGUUCAACGACUGUGAAGUUUUAUUGUGUUUUACUGAUCUUUAGAAGACGCACCAUCUCAGCCUAAAGCACAGUCAGACAUGCAGUCCUGCAGUUCUGCUCUCUGUGUCCUGAUCUUACUGACCACUACUGUUCUUGUUGCUACAUGGGAUCUUACUGGUCUUCUUACUGUGCCUCUGUCAGCUGAUCCUCCAGUGAAGGUGAAUCUUCAUGACUCUGCUACUCUGCCCUGCUCUGAGAGAUGCUCUGGUUUGGUCAGAUGGACUGUGUUCCAUAAACGCAGUGACACUCUGGCUGAGUGUGAUCAGACUUCAUGUAGAUCAGUGAAGGAGGGAUAUCAGAUGAUCCAUGAUCAGUACCUGAAUGGGAAUCUCUCUCUCACCAUCACUGACGCUGAUUUCAGUAAGAGAGGCUGGUACACGUGUGACUGUGAUGGUAAAGAUCUCUGUGAUCUGAAGCUCCUGAUUGAACCGCUGAACACCACAGUUCAGAUAGAGCCUGGAAAGUCUCUGGUGCUGGAAUUGGACGUAUCAGAUCCAGUGGAGGUGCUUUAUAACAGCACAGAUGCAGCUGGACCAUCCAGUGGUCAGAUCUGUACAGUGGAUGGACGCUCAACGCAAUGUAGAGAAGACUAUAAAGAAAGAGUGUCGGCUGCUCUUGAGCUGAGAGCAGUGAUUCCGUCUGAUAGUGGAGUUUAUACUGUAAUGGACGAAAGGACUGACGAAGUCAUUCACACCUACACAGUGACCGUGGGGUCAGCAGGGGGAAGAGGUGACCAUCCAGAUCUAGAUAAGGGAGCUGCUGUAUCAGCGUGGAGUUUUACACUGAUUGCUGUACUCCUAGUCAUCUGUGCGGUAUCAGUGGUGGUGAUUGUGCGGCUGAAGAGAGAAAUUCAGCAGCUCCGGAUGAAGGCCGAGGUUUUAAUGAAUGGACACAGUGACCACGGUCCAGAAAUAGAGAGACUGUCACCCCCCAAUAAUGUCCAGGGAGUCUGAGAGAUCAUCACUAAUCAGUAAUCUAAA